AUGGCGCCGGCACCAGCACCAGACCAGCUCUCCUCGCCCGGGUCCGUCAGCUACGAUUCCGGCACCAUGGUGGUGGGGGAUGGGACGUGGGACUUUACCAAGAACACGUUCCUCCUCCCCAACUUGCAGGGCACCGACUUUGACACCAUGCGAUACAAUGUCUUUGGCGCAGGAAUGGGCAAUCGCUUCUCUACGCUUCACCAGUACCAUACCAUCAUCCUGGCCCACGGCAUACUGGCCACCGUGGUUUUCCUCUUCCUGGUCCCCUUCUCUGUGAUGCUGAUUAGGUUCUACACGAGGGAGCCGAUCCACACGAUUCGAUACCACGCCCGGCUCCAAGUCUUCUCCCUCUUGCUCCUGACGGCCGCCUUCAUAUUGCCCUUCUUCGCCGUAGGCCCCAAGAGGGCCCUCUCGAACCCCCACCAUGGAAUCGGCGUUGCCAUCUUCGUCAUGUUCGUCGUCCAGCUCGUCGGCGGUCGAAUAAUCCAGCACAUUACCAAGAUGCGAUCCCUUCGCAUCAUGCUUCAUCAGUGGCUAGGCAGAGCCAUCGCCAUCCUUGGAAUCGUCCAGAUACCCCUCGGCCUGACUCUGUACGGAUCGCCCAAGGUUCUUUUCAUCCUGUACGCCGUUUGGAUGGGUUUCCUGUUGCUGGUCUACUUUGUUCUCAGCUACCAGGCUGAAGGCCGCCGAGAUCAUUACAUUCCGGGAGGUCGCUCCGAAGCAGGGACUCGCAUUACCGAAUCCGAAUACUACUCUGAACAUAGAGAGGAACACCAUUCGAAGCUGAAAUGGCUGGGGCCUCUGGCUGCCGCUGCAGGAGUCUUUGCCUUGGCCAGAGGACGCAAAAGCCACGAUGACGAUCGCAGCCGAGUUCGCAGCAGGUCCCCAUCCAUGUCGAGAAGUCGCGGCCCAACGGUAAUCUCAUCACGACCGAGCUAUGUUUCGGAAAAAUACUCGGAUCUUCCAGAGCGAAGCGGCGGCGGAGGUGGUAUGCUCAAGGCAUUAGGGGGCGCGGCGGCGGUUUUCGGUGCUGGAAAGCUCUUUUCCAACUUCAUGAGCCGUCGCGACCAACGGGACGAGGAAUACUCGGCCGUGUCUACCGAAACCCCGCGCCGCAACAGAUCUGGACGCGCCAUGACCGUCAGCGAGUACGCCAGCGAGUACACCGAUGAUGCGUCCACCAUUCCGCCGUCGCGCGCCCCUGCCCCUACUCAGACCGCUUCCGCCUUUGGAGCUCGUGACUCGGGUCGGCGUUCGUCGCUGCCUCCUUCUCGCUCGGAUAUCCGCGGAAAUGCACGAGGAUAUGAUGAUUCCGACUAUUCAUCCUAUGUUUCUCCUUCGCGACGACAGCAAGAUGGACCUUCUGGUGGUGGUGGUGGGUUCGCCAAGGGCGUGCUCGCCACCUUGGGAGUCGGGUGGUUUGCCAAAAAGUUUGCCGACAGGCGUGCCAGGAAAGAAGAGGAUGACCGGCUCAGGGAAGAAGAGGAGAUGAGGUCCGGCACCCAGCUCUCGAGGUACAGCCAGACCAACACCGAAUACACAUCUCCGAUCCGCAGGGACUCUCGCCGUCCGCCCCAGAGGCGCAGCACCGUUACGGGAACCGAGUUGUCAUCAGACAUGACGGAAUCUACGUUUGACACCCAGACCGAGCUCUCACGCCCACCCCAAAAGGCGCCGUUGAGCGCUGCUGUCAGAGUGCCGCCUAGCACAUCUGCGUUGCUCCCUGGCGAGUCGCCUCCACCCAGGCGUGGUGAGCGUUUGUCCAUGCCUGCCAUGCCCAGCGACCCUCAUGGCGUUCUCCACCGUUCCGAGGUAUCUGAUGUGACAUCUCUGGCCGACCGGCCCACGGGACGCAAUCAGUCUCGACGACAAAUGGACAGCGAAAGGGCUGCGGCAGAGGCGGCCGCCCGGGCUAGUAACCUGGCGGCGAAAGAGCGAGGACGGUUUGGCAGCAGCUCGGGGAGCCAGCCUUCAGGCGCCAGGUCCAGGGUUCAAGACAAAGACCGAAACGUCACCUUGCGAAAACUCACCGAAGAGGAAUCCCUGGCGCGGAGGAGCCGAAUGAAUUCACAAUCUAGCCUUUCCGAGUCUCCCACCAAGGGUCGCCGAUACCGCAGGGACGAUAGCCAGAGGAGGGCAGAGUCGGCAGCUGAGAGCAGGGUCGAAAGCAGAAUUCAGGACGAUGCCAGCCGAGUAGGACCACUCCCUCCGCCAAACCCAUCACAUGCCAAGGACAGACGCGGCAGAGACUCGGCUUAUUACUCUGGCCAGCCUGCCCAGCCCGCUCAAGCCGGACCCUCUGGUCACCUAGCACCACCGCACAUGCAGCUGCCCAAUGCCAGCGUCUCUAGUAUUGGCAGCCAUGGCACAUGGAGCGGCAUGGGACCUCCAACAGAAGUCCCAAGCGGACCGGCGGCUAUACCCCCGGUUGUGCCACCAGUCGUGCCGUCAACGGCACCACCAACGGAGAUUAAGGAGGACAAGGGCAACGAGUCGGCCGCAGACAACAGAAGAAGACGACGAGCGGAGCGACGAAGAGCGAGCAGUAGCCAUCCUCCUCCAUCCGGAACGGACACGUAUACGACGGACACGUAUGAUGAUACCGAGAGGGGAUUUUGA